GCCACACCUCGAAACAGAUAGCUCCAUUUCCCACCCCCGCUGCACCCGAAUCCCCUGCGCAACCACUACAUUUGUUCCUACAAAUUUCAUAACGAUCCCCUAACGCGAGCUUUACAGAAAUCAUCUUAAAAGUUUCACAACAUCGCCAGAAUGUCUUCCCCCCAGGACCGCGUUCAGCAAUACGUCGGACAGCUUGACCGAGAGCUCUCCAAGUACCCUCUCUUCGUCAAUCUCGAGAAGACCACGGCUAUCCCCAAGACUUAUGCCGUCCUCGGUCUGGUCAGCCUCUACUUCUUCCUGAUCAUCUUCAACCUCGGUGGUCAGCUCUUGACCAACCUCGCCGGUUUCGUUAUCCCGGGCUACUACUCUCUCGAGGCCCUCUUCACCGCGAGCAAGGCGGAUGAUACACAAUGGUUGACUUACUGGGUUGUCUUCUCUUUCUUCACCGUCGCUGAGAGCCUUGUCAGCGUCGUCUACUGGUUCCCAUUCUACUACACCUUCAAGUUUGUUUUCCUUCUGUGGCUCUCUCUGCCCACCUUCAGGGGUUCCGAGGUUAUCUUCCGCUCGUUCUUGGCCCCGACUCUGGGACGGUACUUCCAGGGCCGCGGCUCGACUGCCAGCGGCCUCCGCGCGAAGGCCGAUUCUGUGCACGCUGAGUAGAAGCAUUUGCUUCGAGGUCUCCAAAGCGUAGUGCGUGGCUUCAUUUGGAGAUCAAUUGCCUUGGUGUAAUGGGAAUCAUGAUAUGAAGCCCUUGCCUCCGCCGGGUUUGGACAGGAUAAACACCACGCAAAUCAAAUGUCCGGACUUGGGGGUGUUUUGACAAGUAAUGGGGGGCAUCGGCUACUUGGGACAAUGGCAAUGUUAAUGAUAGGCACGAAUUCCUUCGC